AGCGACGGCGGCGGCCAGGAUGGUGACGCGCAGCCAGAGCCGCGCUACCGGGGUUGGGUCGCGGGGAAAUGGGGAAGAACCCACGCCGCCCGAGAACAGAGAGGUGGCUGCAGGAAGCAGCACACCCCUGCUAGGUAGCUAAUGGACGGUCUACCUGAAUAAGUGAGAGAGGUGGCAAGCGGUACCUGUGCUCACCCCUCUCUCUGUUGGCCCUAUUUGAAGAACUGUGGAUCUCACUAUGUAAUUCAGGCAGGCCUUGAACUCACGGGGAUUCUCCUGCCUCAGCCUCUCAAGUGCUGAAAUUACAAGUUUUUCGACACCAGACCUGACUGAGUAGUGCUUUUUUGCAGAAGGAAAAAAAAACUAUAUGCCUGCAAAGCGAAAGCGGAAAGCACAGAGACUGUGUGUGGCCUAUGAGACCUCAGAUGGUGAGAAAAGUGAGGGGGCUGACCUACCUGUAGUGACAGUUUGGGAGCCGCAGGAGUGGCAGCAGCAGCUAACCAAUAUCCGAAUUAUGAGGAGCAAGAAGGAUGCACCUGUGGACCACCUGGGAGCUGAGCACUGCUGUGACCCAAGUGCUCCCCCGAAGCAGGUACAGAGGUACCAGAUACUACUGGCUCUGAUGCUUUCCAGCCAGACCAAAGACCAGGUGACUGCAGGUGCCAUGCAGCGACUUCUGGCCCAGGGCCUAACUGUAGACAGCAUCCUGCAGACAGACGACAACACGCUGGGCAAGCUCAUCUAUCCGGUGGGAUUCUGGAGGAGCAAAGUAAAGUUCAUCAAGCAGACAAGUGCCAUCCUGAAGCAGCGCUACAAUGGGGACAUUCCAGCCUCUCUGGCUGAGCUGGUGGCACUGCCUGGUGUGGGGCCCAAGAUGGCACACCUAGCUAUGGCUGUGGCCUGGGGCACUGUGUCAGGAAUAGCAGUGGACACACAUGUGCAUAGAAUUGCAAAUCGACUGAAGUGGACCAAGAGAAUGACCAAAUCUCCAGAGGAGACCCGCGCUGCCCUAGAGGAGUGGCUGCCCAGGCAGCUGUGGAGUGAGAUCAACGGACUAUUGGUGGGCUUUGGCCAGCAGAUUUGCCUACCUACCCACCCUCGCUGCCAGACCUGCCUCAACCAGGCCCUUUGCCCUUCUGCCCAGAGCUUCUAAGGACCAUGGGUCUUCAGCUUGGGUCCUGUUGCUGCUGUUGCCUAUAAAGUGCCUUUUUCAGGAGUGGGGCCGGGGAGGAUUACAACCUGUGUAAUAAAGCUUGGGUAUUGUUUGCAGUUGAGAUCUGAAUUCUAUUCGCAGGGUCUGAGGGCAGCAAGGAAACAUGUAUACUGCUCAUGGUUGUUGGGCUGAGUUCCCUAUGAGACUGAAGAAUAUGACAAUCCCUGCUGUGUACUCAGGGAAGGAGGAAAUGGUGACAACCAGCUGCACCCAGCUGCCAGGAAGCCUAUAGUAAGUCCCUGACUUAAGAGUUGUGAACUUUCACAGAUAGGAAGGGACCUCACAUUGUGAACAUUUGUAGAUGUGAACAAAUCAUGGAAGUAGCUCACAUGCCUACCUUUGUACUGUACUAUACUAUCAUUUUCAGAUAAUUAUAAAAGUAAAAAUAGUUUAUUUACA